AUAAUUUAUUUUUAUAGAAGAGAGAGCCUUAGAAAAACUCAUAAAAUAAGGCAUUAAUAACUCUCUUUUACUAAAUUAAUAAAUAUUAUUUCAUCACCGCACCUCACUCACUCACUCUCCCCAUUUUCACUCUAACCUCUCUUCAAACAAAAACUAUAACUUGUCACUCAAAAUUUCACCAUAAUCAUAAUUUCCUUCAACAAUGGAUUCUUUCUUAACCCUUGAAACCCCUUCUCCAUCUCCUACACCUUCUCAUCCUAUUAAUGUUCCUAAUUUUGCAUUUUCUCAUCAAAUCCCUAAUAUUUUACCCCCAAAUUCAUCAACCACCUUCAUUUCACCACCAACCACCGCCAUUUCCGCCGGACAACCGCUUCAGACAUUACUUGUUCCAAAGCCGGAACCUUUUGAUGAUUUCUUUGCGACCCAAGAUACUCAACAACAACCCUUUUACUCUCCUGGUUCUGGACAAAAUGAACAAUCUGACCUAUACAAUGAAUUCUACCGUGUUUCUCAGCUAUUCAAUUCUACUUUCGGUAAAUCCUUUUACCCUUCUCUCGGAAUCGAUGAUUCCAAUAAUGUUGUUUCUGUUGAGAAUAUGGUCAACGUUUGUAACCCUGACCUAAAUCUGAACCCUAAUCAUGUUGUAGAUUCUGUUGAUUCUCAGUCGUACGAGAUUGAGAAUAAUAAUGAUCGUUCUCUUGUCGUUGUUCCGGAGAGACAAGAGUCGAGUUCACAAGUUGCUGUUGCUGUCGUUAAAAAGAGGGCUAAUCAGGUUAUGGAGCUGGUGAGGGUGUCGGAUCUGAGUGUUAAGGAUCAGAUAAAUUUGAGGGAGUUGAUGAGGAAGACGAGAAUGGUUUAUGAUUCGUUGCGCGUGUUAGCGAGUAUUGAGGAGGAGAAAAGGAUGGCUGAGGAGAGGAGAAAUGCUGCUGAAGUUGCUGUUGUGGAGGAGGAGAGGAGGUUGAUUGAGGAGAGGAGGCUGGCUGAAGAGAGGAGAUUGGUUGCUGAGGUUGCAUUGAUGGAAGCUGAGAUGGGAGGUGGUGAAGAGAGGAAUGUGGGGGUAGCUGCUGCAGGGGUGGAAGUGGAGACUCCGCGAAGAAGGGGUCGUGUUCGCAACCGUAUUCGUGGUGAUAUGAGGGCAGCGGCAUUGAUGAGGAAGCGUGAGUUGUGGCUGUAUCGUGAUAAGCGGAUAGUUGGACCGAUACCUGGAGUUUAUGUUGGUGAUGUGUUUCUUUUUAGGAUGGAGUUGUGUGUGGUUGGUUUGCAUAUGCAGAUACAAGCUGGCAUUGAUUAUCUGCCUAAGAGUAGGUGUUCCAAUGGUGAGCCGAUUGCUACAAGUGUUAUUGUCUCGGGUGGUUAUGAGGAUGAUAUGGAAUUGAAUGACGGUGAUGUUAUAAUCUACACUGGCCAUGGAGGACAAGAGAAGAAUUCCUCAAGGCAAAUCUGUGAUCAGAAAUUGGUGGGCGGAAACCUUGCUUUGGAAAGGAGUAUGCAUUAUGGCAUUGAGGUUAGGGUUAUCCGUGGGAUGAAGUAUGAAGGGAGUGCGUCCGGUUCUGGUAAGGUAUAUGUUUACGACGGACUAUAUAGAAUUGUUGAUUGUUGGUUUGAUGUUGGAAAGUCUGGCUUUGGAGUUUAUAAGUAUAAGCUUAUGAGAAUUGAGGGGCAAGCUAAGUUGGGUAGUGCUGUUCUCAAAGAAGCUAGAGAUAUUAAGAAAAGUGGGUUAGAUUUUAAGCCUAUGUAUUGUCUUUCUGUUGAUAUUUCUAACAAUAGGGAGAGUGUUCCUGUUAGGCUUUUUAAUGACAUAGAUGACAAUCAAGAACCUCUUUUUUAUGAGUAUCUUCGGAAUACUACUUUUCCACAGUUUGUGUUUCAUCAGAGUGGGAAAGCUACUGGUUGCCAGUGUGUGGAAGCUUGUACUGAUGGUUGCUUUUGCUCUAUGAAGAAUGGAGGAGAGUUUCCGUAUAAUCUACAGGGUUUGCUUGUGAGAGGGAAACCUUUGAUUUUUGAAUGUGGCCCUUUUUGUUCCUGUCCUCCUAAUUGUCGGAAUCGUGUUGCACAAAAGGGGCUCAAAUUUAGGCUGGAGGUGUUUAGGUCUACUCAGACGGGUUGGGGAGUUAGGUCCUUGGACCUUAUACAGGCUGGUGCUUUUAUCUGCGAGUAUACAGGGGUUGUUUUGACUCGUGAGCAGGCACAAAUUUUAACAAUGAAUGGCGACUCCUUGAUAUAUCCUAACCGGUUUUCAGAUAGAUGGGCAGAAUGGGGGGAUUUAUCUCAGAUAUACACUGAUUAUGAGCGCCCAUCUUAUCCAUCAGUUCCUCCGUUAGAUUUUUCUCUGGAUGUGUCAACAAUGAGAAAUGUUGCUUGCUAUAUGAGCCAUAGUACGAGUCCAAAUGUGUUUGUUCAGUAUGUUCUAUAUGACCACAACAAUCUCAUGUUCCCUCACGUUAUGCUAUAUGCAACAGAGAAUAUCCCUCCAAUGAGAGAGCUGAGCGUUGAUUAUGGUUUAGCGGAUGAGUGGACCGGAAAACUCUCCAUAUGUAUGUAACUUAAUAGUGUUGAAAGGUUGCUGAAGCCGAGUUUUGGCCAUGGAUAGCUGGUGCUUGCCAUGAUUUUCAGAAGGCUUCAACCUUACCAAAUUUCAUGGAACUUUUGGAAGUACUUCCUAAAUGAACUCUUUAUGGUCAUGGUAUCCAAAAUCACUUAAUAGCUAUUACGUCAUCCUAUUUAGGUCCAACUCAUGUUGACUAGAGCACAUGCAUUUUUCCGUGCAGUCAUGAAGAUCAGGAAUUGGAGUAUGCUUAAUGUUGAACUUAUGCGAUUAUUCGCUACUUUGUUGAUUUAAUUUGUUUGCUCAUUCCUGUUCUUGGGCUAAUCAUUUACAAGUCUUAGCACCAUCUUUUGUAAGCAUGUAGCUCAGAUGUUAUUUACUUUUGUCAUUGUAUAUAAUGUAAGGUCAAAGCUUGUACAGAGAUAAUAUUAGUGGUUGGUGAUUAUGGAUAUAAUGCAGAAUAUUAGAUGGUUUAGAAGCAAAUUUUAUGAUAAUCCAGAUCUAAGAAAAGCUCCAGGUUUUUGCCUAUUGAAUUUGUAUGGCUAUUGUUGAUACAUGUCUGUUGGUUUGAUACUCAAUACUCGCUGAUAUGCCGGCAUGCUCUGAUACUCCGACAAAUUGCAACAGGCUCUUGAUGUAUAGUCGGCACUCGACAUGUCUGGCUCUGUUCAUCUCCUUUCAAAUUUCAGUCACAUAGAAAUAUAUAAUAAAUUGAGUAUGAGGUCAAUUAUUGGGUUAUCCAAAGUGCAUGUUUGGUUUGUUUGUAGAAUUUUUAUUGAAGCUUAAAGUAUAACUUUUGACAGUCAUA